AUGGCUGGCCUCGAGGGCUUGGACAUGCUGAUGAGGAAUCUGGAAAGUGCCUACACCUGCCCGGUGCAAGCGGCGAAGCAUUUCAAGCUGGUGGCUGAAAUUGCUUUGGCCAGUGGCCAGCUUAGUCGAGCUCGCCGCCUGAUGCAACUGGGAAAUAUUUUCAAGAUCCAGGCCAUGGCUCGCUGGUACAAUGCACUGCCUGAAGGUGAAGGUGGCCGUGGCAAGCGGUUUGAGCCUAGACUUCAGGUGGAGUAUACGCUUGCAGUGACUCAACUCCAUGCCGGGCUGCAAACUCCGCUGCGUAACGUUGCGAGAUUUCCUGCGAGCAGCCCCAGGCCGCGCAUUGAAAUCCAUUCAAUCUGCAAUUACCGGCCGGAUCCAACGUCGCAGACUGGUGAGACGUGCCACCUGCUUCAGCUCUCCGUGCCAAAUCACAGAGCUUACGCAGAACGACAUGAUUACAAGUAUGUUCUCCAUGAAGAGUUGCCGCUCCCGGAUCGUGAAGCUCAUUACAGCAAAAUGCUGGUCAUCCAUCAGGCGUUCCUGUCAGCAAGUCCACCCGACUGGGUUUUCUUCAUUGAUUGCGAUGCCUUCUUCACGGAUGCAAGCACGAGUCUGGCCGACAUCCUGCAAACGUAUGGGGCCAGCGGCUCCACCGGCCCUCACUUUCUGGUUGCGGAAGACCCGGGUGGCAUCAACACGGGGACUCUUCUGUUCCGCAGGAGCGAGUGGUCUGUGUCAUUCCUGGAGCAGGUUGCAAGCAGUCAGUUUGCCGUGGCUUGGGAUCAGUCGAUGUUCUUCUGGGAGAUACUGAAACACGGGCUGCUGGGUGUUGCGGAUCAGCCGGAGCGGUUGCAAGCAGACUAUGCCUGGCCGGCAGAAGUCAUGUUGGUCCACCAGGCUCACAUGAACGCCUUCGUCCCGCCAGCAUCUCGCGACUGGUCCGCGCAUGAGUGGAUAGAGGGCGACUUCAUACGGCACUUUGCUGGAUGCCCUUGGCAGGAGCCGCACUGCCUCGGGCUCAUGCGCGAGACAGCGAAGUAUGCCGAGCAGCGCUUGAAAUCAUAA